CAGCCGCCUUUGUAUCCGCAGCAACCUCACCUCCUCGCCGGAGAUAAAGAUGGCAGCAGCUCAGAGACAGCUGUCAGCCGGGCAGGACCAUCUCCGCAGCUAACCUUCACCCAACAUGAGCUUCAGGGGAGCCUGGAGAGAGUAUCAGCGCAUCCAGGCCGCCGCCGACCCCCAACAAGCAGCUUCCCCCCGCAGCUCCCAGUAUACAGCCGCCGCCGCCGCCGCCGCCGCAGCGAUACCCAUCCACAGAGGAGAUCAGCCGCUAAUCUGACGGCAGAGCCCAGAGCCCCGACCGCAGCCACAUCCACGGCAGGAGCGCUGCAGGGAAAGCCCUUCCUUACAAGGAUGAGUGAACAGAGUAUCUGCCAAGCGCGAGCCUCAGUCAUGAUAUAUGAUGACACAAGCAAGAAAUGGGUUCCCAUCAAACCGGGACAGCAGGGGUUCAGCAGAAUCAACAUUUAUCAUAACACUGCCAGUAAUACGUUUAGAGUAGUCGGAGUAAAACUUCAAGAUCAGCAAGUAGUUAUAAACUAUUCACUCGUGAAAGGUCUGAAGUACAACCAAGCCACACCAACCUUCCACCAAUGGAGGGACGCUCGGCAGGUCUACGGUCUGAACUUUGCAAGCAAAGAAGAAGCCACCGCUUUCUCCAACGCCAUGCUGUUUGCACUCAAUAUCAUGAAUUCCCAAGAUGGAGGUCCUGCCACCCAACGCCAAGCCCCAAAUAUUCAAAAUGGGCCCUCACCUGAUGAGAUGGAAAUCCAGCGAAGGCAAAUGAUGGAACAGCAGCAACAGCAGCAGCAACGUCAAGAGACCCUGGAGAGAAGGACCUCAACCACAGUUUCUGUCCUUCAGAUAAACGUGUCUUCUUCCCCUUCCCACUGCCAGUCUCCUCCUCCUGACUACAGUAACUACAGCGCUUCUCCUUCUGCUGGUGCUAUCCCACCACCAUCUUAUGCAAAAGCUAUUUCUUCAUCAUCUUCUGUCUCUGAGCCCAGUAGUAAAUCCAAUUACAAGUCCUCUCACAGAACCAGCGAAUCCCCAGACUUUCGGCACAGCCAUUCUGGAUUAGAACCUUCAGCAUCCGAGGGUUCUGUUUUAUCUCCAAUAUGGCCAAGCAAUGGGACAAUAUCCCGGAGCCUCAAGCAGAUCUCUCUAUCCCCACCACCUGGUCCUGGUACUCAUUCUUCAUUAAUGCCUCAUCAGUCUGUACAACAUCCUUCUAUGUCAUACUCUCCUCACCCCACUUCUCCACUUGUGUCAAUGACCUUACCGAGGCAGAAGAGCUUAUCACCACAAUCAUCUAUUCCAGUUCACCUUCCUGUGAUUACUGACCAGAAUGGCAGAGUCAGAGGCUGUACAGAUAAAUUGGUCCAAAAAACUAAUGUACCUCAGAUAAGCCCAGAUGACCAAGCCAGUGAACUUUUAGCUACGCAGGUCCCUAUAAGUACCCCCAAAACCCAAGUUAAGAGUGUUGAACGUUCCUUCCUGUCCUAUAUAGAGACUGUACCCAUUGCCCAGUUACCAGUGAUAACUGGCUCUGCUGAAUCCCUGACCCAGGCAUCUACCCCGCCUGUUCAACCCCCAUCUCAUGCUUCUCAGCAGCCAUGCCAGUUCACAUCCAACUUUGUUUCAUUACCUCCCCUUUACGCUGCUGUAUCUGAGGUGAAUUUGUCCAAGAGGACUCCACCUUACAUGACAUCAUCAGCCAUUUCCCAGUUGAGUCCUAUGAUUCCACCUGGCCACCCUUCGUCUACUGGUAUGGUAGGUCCUGUAGGGGUAGGAAUAAUACCUGCCCCAGUUGGUGGUCCACCUCCUCCACCACCACCUGGACCACCACCACCAACAGGAGCCACUCCACCACCUGCCCCGCCUCUGCCAACAGGGGGAAGCCAAGGCAUAGUUUAUGAAGAGAGUCCAGUGUCCGGCCUCGCUGCCGCUCUGGCUGGUGCCAAACUGAGGAGAGUACAACGACCAGAGGAUACGUCAAGUUCGAGCGGAGCCUCCAAAACUGAUGUCAAUCGAACAAGUAGUGGUGGAGGUGGAGGGGGUCUAAUGGAGGAGAUGAAUAAACUUCUGGCUAAAAGAAGAAAAGCAGCCUCACAGACAGAAAAACCAGGAGACAAAAAGGAAGAGGAAUGCCAAAAUGAGGAUGCCAGUCUUUCGUCUUCUCCUAAUACACGAGGUCCGACACCACAGAACUCCGCAGACUUGGGUAAAAAGCCGUGGGAGAGAAGUAACUCCGUUGAAAAGCCUGUACCUUCAUUACUGUCUAGAACCCCUCCAGUGCUGAAGAGCCCAGAAGCUAAGAGUCCUAUACAAUCCCAGCCACCCUCUAGGAUGAAACCUGUGAGCAGCAGCAACGACGUAUCAACAGACACCUUAGAUUUCGACCGAAUGAAACAAGAAAUAUUAGAGGAAGUUGUCAGAGAGCUGCAUAAAGUCAAAGAAGAGAUUAUUGAUGCCAUCAGGCAAGAGUUGAGCAGAAUCAGCACAACAUAAUGAAGAUGCAGCUUCUCUAGUUCAGGAACGUUCAAUAGAGUUUAAGAAGAAGAGUUAAGUUUGAUGGUCACUGCGGAAUGAAGGAAGACACUCGCACUCUGUCCCUGGUACCUUUUUCCUUAGCAGACUCCACUCCACUCUGAAGCUUGCCGGCUUUCGAUUCGCUUCACAUAAAAAGUCUUAAAACGGGAGAAAAUAUUCCAACAUUUUGCGUUUCUGGAUAUAUAUUUUUUAUUUUUUUUUUCUUUGUUUUUUUUUAGGAUUCACCUGACAUUGCACAUAAGAAUUUGUCAACCUUUUUUUGUAUGAUAUAUUCGCUUAUUUAAAUGUAUUUUUAAUUUCGUAGUAGUUUGAAAAAUAUGUGAACCAUUUGCUUUAAUAGGAUGACCUUGGAGUAAAUUUACCGGUAGUCUGCAAUGUUAAAGACCCUUUUUUUUUUUUUUUGCCAACAGAAUUUUAUUGCAGAAUCGCAAAAGAAAAAUAAAAAUACAGACAUAUUACAAUGUAAGGUGACAAAAUAACUUCCACUUCAUCACAAUAUUAAAAUGGUACGUCAGUGCACCACAGUAGCUGUAUUCAUAUUGAUAUUAAACUGUUUAUCGUCCAAA